AGUCGGCGCGCCCCUAAGGGGUUCCUAGCCCGCCAUGUUCCUACGGCUGGUUGUGUGGGCGAGUGCCCUUUCUGUGAGCUUGGCGGAUAUCGACAACAUCUUUCCCAUCCUCUAUGCGAGUAAUCCGGUGGCGCAGCACACGGCUUGUCCUGUGGCAGCCGGUGAAGCUACAGUAUGCAGAUUAAGCGGCUACGAGGAGAAUAAUGGAGAGCUCCAGUACCUCGUUACAUCUCUGCCCUCAAGCGGCAGCUUGUACGAAACCUCCCAGAACUAUAGAACCUAUGGCACAGAUCCAAAGUAUGCAGCCACAUCCAUCAAGGACUACGAGUUGCCUUUCAGAGUGACUGAUCCAUUGGGGCGUGUGGUGUACAUACCGCCCUCAGAUGUCUUUCCACCGGAGGGAAGAUGGGCUGCCAUGACCUAUGAGGUUCAGGACCGCGUAACGGGCAACAUUUCCCAACCGGGACAAGUUUCCUUGAGCAGUCCCUCACAGCGUGUGGCGGAAAGUACCUUUGUCGGUGGCACAGAUUCCUGGACGAUCUCCGGCAACAUCUACGCCACAAUGCCAACUUGGCAGGCCUUCGGCUGGGGCGUACUCAACCGCUACAUCUAUGGCACCGAUGAAGUCCAGUACAUUGACUUUGACACCAACAGUGACCAGUCUAAGUGGUACUUCGAAGCUCCUCCUGGAAAGUUCUACUUGCCAGAAUUAGCAGCUGCAUACAACGGGACUCUGAAAUUCACCAUCGCCAGCAACUAUGGCGAUUUUGAUCACCUGAACAAUCCCUUGGACUUCAUUACGUUAGAAUGUGCUUCGUGCAACAGUGCACGCGGUUUACGCUUGGUGCGCUAUGCCGACAAUGGCUUGGAAUGGAAAGGCCAAGAAAAAGUGAUGCAGGUCACUCUAGCAGCUGGAAAUCAUUGGUGGCGAGAUCCCAUGAAUUCAGCGUUGCCUUUUACAGAUGCCACGGAAUGUGAGAUGGCAGCAGUGCUCCAAGGCUUAACCCGUGUGGCCAUCCUUGGAGACUUCACACGUGCUGGUGAGGGAGUGGCGGUGGAUGAUAUCUCGAUCUCCACAGCAACUGCGCAACCCAGCUUUCCUCUCGCUUGCCAACAGGGAUGCCUUUGCGCUCAUGACCAAAGACAGAGGCGGAUCUCUUGUUGCGGAAGUGAUCCUAGUGUAUACUAUCCUUUCUGAUGCCCGACCUCCGACGUACCGACGUCACAAAAUUGGCCUUUUGUGCUCUGGAGCAUCAAAGCGAGUCCCUGACGGCACCUUUGACUAAGCUUCUUGAAGGUAGCUCUUGUGUAAC